UUUGGGGGGGGCGUGUGUUGUUCUUGCACAAGCGCUCCGUGUUGCGCAGACUGGAAACCUGACGUGGAGAGCAGCCGAGCAGUCCGAGCCGACCGCGGCGUGUGUGUGAGUGUGUGUGUGUAUGUGUGUCUGUGUGCGCGCGCCUGUGUGUAUGAGUGUGUGACAGUGACAGAGUUGCGGCAGGGGCAGAUCCGGAUUGAGAAAAAAAAAGUGCCUGAGGCUGCCCUCCCGCCGGCUGGCUCACUCCUCGCCGCUCCGCCGGAGUCCGGACGGGACCGCCGGCGACGCGCUCCUGGAGCCCGGCUGCGCGCUGGCCGCGGAUGACCCGAGAGACCCCCCCUCCCCCCCGCCCCACACCACCACCACCAGCUCUGGCGACCGGACUGUCGGGAAAACUGGAAGUAAACUAACAUUCAUUGACUUGUGAGCGAUGCACUGGCAGCAUGGCCAAGUGGUUCAAGGAGCACCUAGGAUUCAAAACUACCAAAGCCCCCCCUCCGGCGCCUCCCAAGCCGGACUACAGACACUGUCACACCGGCGUGCCCGGCGGUGCGCCCGGCUCCGGGGCCACCUUCCCCAGUCCCGCUCAGCCGGACAUCCUCGCUGCCUACAAACUACAGAAGGAGCUGGACUUCGAGGACCCCUACACUCCAGGUGGAAAUAUCUCCUUCGGCUCGAGCCUGAACGCCGUGGGCUCUCCGGAUAUCAAGUACGUGUCUCCGAAGCACCGACUCAUCAAGGUGGAGACCAUCGAGAAGAGCAGCCCGGCGCCCGGCGGGGGCGUCACGGUCACCCAGGCGGUGGCGGUGGCGGUGGGGAGCGUCAAGUCCCCCACCUCGCCCCCGUCGGACCACGACAACAAGGACAAGCUCAUUAUCCUUGAAGACUACGCGGACCCUUUCGAUGCCGAGCAGGCCGGCGGCGGCGGCGGCACUCAGACCACCACGGAAAAAGUCACCACUGAGAAUGACGGAUACAUGGAGCCGUACGAAGCGCAGAAGAUGAUGGCAGAGAUCAGGUCCAGCGGGCGAAGCCAGAAGGAAGGAUCUGUGAGGCAGCUGCCCCUCUACGACACGCCGUAUGAGCCCGCCGAGAACGGCGGGGACUCGGACCCCGAGCGACUGCGCUGCCCCAGAGAGAGCCGGCUGCCCCAGGACGACGAGCGACCCCCCGAGGAGUACGACCAGCCCUGGGAGUGGAAGAAGGAGCGGAUUUCCAAAGCUUUUGCAGCUCUGCUUUGUUAUGACUGCAUUAGCUACGAGGGCUCGGUAAGUGGCACUGGAUCAGGUCCCCAGAGAAGAAAGGACUCCACUUCUAAAUCUCUCACAGUAGAGAUUAAAGUGAUCAAGGACCUACCCUGGCCCCCUCCCGUCGGCCAACUCAACACCAGCCCUCCCCCGGUGGAGGAGCUGGAGUCUCCUUCACAGACAGCUCAGGCGUCGCCCGGACAGACGAGCUGUGACCAGCACCACCAGGUUCAGUUUGACGGCGUGGAGAAGUCUCGAAUGUCGCCCACCAAGGACGGAAAAAGUCGCCCGCUGCAGCGGCACUCCAGCGGCUGCCUGGUUAACACCAAAAUGACGUCGCUGGACCACUGCAGCAGCUCGUCGCUCGGGGAGCGGAUUGACCCCACCAUGCCCCUGGAGAGCCAGUUUUGGUACCACGGAGCCAUCAGCCGGACAGACGCAGAGUCUCUGCUCAGACUGUGUAAGGAGGCCAGCUACCUUGUGAGAAACAGCGAGACCAGCAAGAACGACUACUCCCUCUCCCUGAAGAGCAGCCAGGGCUUCAUGCACAUGAAGCUGUCACGGACGAAGGAGAACAAGUACAUCCUGGGCCAGAACAGCUGCCCCUUUGACAGCGUGCCUGAAAUCAUCCAUUUCUACUCCAGCCGGAAGCUGCCCAUCAAGGGCGCCGAACACAUGUCCCUGCUCUAUCCCGUAGCCAUUAGGACACUAUAGUGCUCUUGGAGCCCUGCAGGAAUUACGCCCUUGCAGCACUCUCCUGUCUACCCCCUGGAGGCCCGCGCUUUCCGUCCGACCAGACGAGAAACCCACGAGGCCUCGGGGCUAGACGAACAGUGGCAUCCCAAACUGCUGAUCCUGACUCACCUCACUGGCCGACAGAAUCCAGAUCCGUCUCGAAGGCCUCCUGCACACUCUCUCAUACAUACAGACUCAGUGUUGCAGAGGUUUGUAUUAUUUUAUUGUAUUUUAUUUUAUUUAUGACGGACAUCUGCUUAUCACAUCAAAGACUGACUAUCUGAAGAGCAUCAUUUCAUUGAUUGUUGAGCUGAUUAACCAUAGCACUUAACACUCAAAGAGAAAGCAAGGUACAACAAAGUAUUUGUCACUGGGAAUCUUUCAUCAUAAGCUGUACCUUUUUCCUGUGAGUGCACAUCGUGUCAAUUCUCUUUAAGUUGCUCAUUUGGCUAGGCUCUGCUGAUACUGUAAUUGUGUUUCAAAGGGGACUUGAAGAUUAUAGGAGCCGUUUAAGAAAAGCAGCGUCUCUGAUGUUCAUUGAGCUGUAUUGUCCACAUGGGCCUCAUACAAGUGUCCAGGAUAUUGAAUAAUCCGGCUGGCGGAUGAAUGGUGCGUCCCCAGCUGUGGGGAAGACAACGGGGCCUGUGAACUGUGCAGGCUUGAUCUCUUCAUCUUGUCAUAGCCCGUGUUGUCUGCUAUCCAUCAGUGAGUGGGUGUAUCACACCAAUGACAGUGUAAGUACCGCAGUGGUGAGACAGGCGGUGGGGGGGGGAGCGUGAUGGAUGGGUCGACCCCGUCUGACACAGUACAAUUGGCCAAGGCUGGAGAUCGGAGCCUGUCCAAAUGGACCAAAUUACCCCCACUACCCCCGCUUAGAACGGCUUUGCAUCGGGAGAAUGAAAUAUGCCUGCAUUGUCUACCUCAGAAAAUCAAUUUCAUUCGCCCAUCUGCAGAUCAAUAGGUACAAUGGGAUUGCAGACAUCGAUCUGCUCCCCCCCAACAUUCCCGAACCCCUUAAACAUUAUGUCAUUGGUUUAAGGAAUAUGUUUCUUUGAAUACAGUUACACCAGAAUUUUUUUUUUUAUAUUUAAAAAAAAAAACAACAAAAAAGACUUUUCCAGAUCAGCAAUUGUAUGUAUAGUCACUAUUAUAAUACUGUGUGAUGUCAGUAACAGAUGUUUGGUUAAUGCCUUAUAAUGCAUGGGUCAAAUCAGUCCGAUAGAUCAGCUGAUUUCCAGUUCUGCUUUUAGCAAUUGUUCUGUGACUGUAAUUUAUUCUGGGGUAAUUAUUACUGAUGUGUUGCUCCUUUGUGACUGGCCCGUGCCCCCUCCCCCCCCUCGUCCCGCCCCCCUUUCCCCCCUCAGUGUUCUGUGCUGAUGUGAUUGUGUUUUGGGGACUACUCCACCCUCCUCUCCUUUUUUUUUUUCUUUUUUGUCUUUUUGCAGUGGUGCUUUGCUUGUUUUUAGUUGUUGUAUCCAGUUCUGCACGUCUGUGCACGUCGGCUUCGGCCUCGCUCCGGGACACAAGUCGCUCGUGUCCCCCCCCCCCCGCCCUCGCCGAUCUGAGCGGGGGUCACGGGGCAUCACAUGGGAGUUGAUGGCGGAACCCCCAACACCUUCCGAACCCCACGUCGAUCACAGCGCAGCCUUUCCAAACCAGAUAAACACUUAACUUCAACUGCCGGAACAAAAUCUCCAGAUGCCCCUCAAACAUGUGGGUAUGUGUGUGUGUCCAACACACACACAUGUGUACGGGAUUAGCAUGCACACGGGAAUGUUUUUGACUCUGCUGGUACCUGUUCAAAGCUGUUGCUCCAAGGAUUUUUUUUCCCUCCCUUAAACUCAAAAACAAAGAAUUUGCCUUGUGACUCAAUGAUUUUUUUUUUUUUUUUCGUAUUUAUGAAUUCCCUCAUUACCGCCUUUGAUUUUAACAGCUCAAAGGAAGAACAUGUUUGUUUUAUUUCUUCUCUGCAGCCUUUUGUUACAGAACGAAUAAUAUUUCGGCUCACAGCGUCCAAUAUUGCUGACCAAUUACAGCUAGAAAAAGCUGAUUUUCCGACAGUGGCUGCACCGUGAAGCGGGCCUAAUAAGCCUAAUGCAUGUGUGAUCAGGCCUCUCGGGGGAGGAAGCUUUUAUCAUUUUUUGAGUUGCAAAAAUCCAGUUGUUUCUUCAACAAAUAAAUCUUGUGAGGAAGGCUUUUGUCGGAGCUGAAGAGUGAAAAAAAAAAAAAAAAAAGACUGACACUUUAAGAAACUGACAUUAACAAGCAUGACCACUGAAUAUACAAAGUCGAAUUAAGGUUUUGGCUUUGACUGUAUCUCUGCUGUGCGCUAUGCAACUAUGUACCGCAGUCAGUUUAUCGGGAAAUGAAAUUACUUUGUGCCUCUGACAGAUGUUUAUGACAAAUGUGAUGGUACAAAAUGUCAAGAUGUAAUCAGCCGAGUGACAUGACUAGUAAAAAUAUAGAAAUAACACAAAAAAAAAAGAAUAAAUAGAAGUAGGACGUAUUCUGAAGUUUAUUUAACUGGUGCAGUGAGAGCAUCAGAUAAGGGUGCCUCAUCGUGGCGUCUG